UCCACAGGGAGGGGAUGACACAGAGAAGAAGGUGAAGAAAGGGGAGGGAGGAAACGGGAAGGACGGCGUUUCCGUUCCCUUCCACAAAUUGGUUGCGUUUGCAGACCUGUUGGAUGUUCUUCUGAUGACGGUGGGAAGCUUCUCAGCAAUCAGCCACGGGCUGGCCUUGCCUCUCUCGACCCUACUGUUUGGGGAGCUUAUUGAUUCUUUCGGCCAAGCAGACAGGACAAAUGUGGUUCAUGUGGUCUCCAAGGUAGCACUUAAAUAUGUAUAUUUGGCUGUUGGAGGAGCCGUCUUAGCAUUUUUACAGAUCACGUGUUGGAUGACUACUGGAGAAAGGCAAGCCAAUCGUAUCAGGCGCUUGUAUCUCAGUAACAUUCUUAGACAGGACAUUGCAUUCUUUGAUAUGGAGAUAAAGACAGGAGAAGUAAUUGGCAGAAUGUCAGGUGAUACCAUCCUCAUCCAAGAGGCAAUAGGGAAGAAGGUUGGAAAGUUCAUAGAGAUCAUGUCGACAUUUCUUGGUGGCUUUGUUAUAGCACUUAUCAAGGGAUGGCUCCUCGCUCUUGUUACAUUAGCAUCAAUUCCUUUAGUAGUCACUGCUGGGGGCGUCAUCUCUUUAAUUAUAUCCAGACUCUCAAUCCGUGAGGGAGCUGCUUAUGCUGGUGCUGGAAUUGUAGUUGAACAAGCAAUUGGAUCAAUAAGAAUGGUUGUAUCAUUUACAGGAGAAAAACAAGCUAUAGCAGAAUAUAACAAGGCACUACGAACUGCAUAUCUAGCCACUGUGAAACAAGGAGUAACAAGAGGUGCAGGAGUUGGAGCUAUGUUGCUAUUCCUUUUUUGCAGUUAUGCAUUGUCUCUUUGGUGUGGUUCAAAGCUGAUAAUUAACAAAGGAUAUACGGGUGGACAGGUGAUCAAUGUAAUGUUGGCCAUUAUGAAUGGAGGAAUGUCCCUUGGACAGGCUUCACCCUGUCUAAGUGCAAUUGCAGCUGGUAAAGCAGCAGCUUAUAAGAUGUUUAAGACGAUUGUCAGAAAACCUGAGAUAGAUGCAUAUGACAAGAGUGGGAUUGUCCUAGGAGAUAUAAAAGGAGAUAUCAAACUGAAAAAUAUACAUUUCUGUUACCCAGCAAGGCCUGAAGUGGCAAUCUUUUCUGGCUUUUCACUGCAUGUACCAUGUGGGACUACUGUAGCUAUAGUUGGAGAAAGUGGUAGUGGAAAAUCAACAGUUGUUAGUCUAGUUGAGAGAUUCUAUGAUCCUCAAGCUGGUGAGGUGCUCAUUGAUGGAGUUAACUUGAAGAAACUUCAACUUGGCUGGAUUAGAGAAAAAAUUGGGCUUGUCAAUCAGGAGCCUGUUUUAUUCACAACAUCCAUAAAGGAAAAUAUUGCAUAUGGAAAAACUGGUGCAACACUAGAGGAAAUCAAGACUGCUAUUGAGCUUUCAAAUGCUGCAAAAUUCAUAGACAACAUGCCUCAGGGCCUUGAGACGAUGGUUGGUGCACAUGGUACACAACUAUCUGGUGGACAAAAGCAAAGAAUAGCUAUUGCUAGAGCAAUCUUAAGGAACCCACGGAUUCUUUUACUUGAUGAAGCAACAAGUGCACUAGAUGUGGAGUCUGAACACAUAGUUCAAGAUGCUCUGACCAGAAUCAUGGUUGGAAGGACCACAAUUGUCAUUGCCCAUCGCUUGAGCACCAUAAGAAAUGCUGAUUCCAUAUCUGUAAUGCAUGGUGGCAAAAUUGUUGAGCAAGGUUCCCACAUGGAGCUGAUUAGAAAUCCAAAAGGCUCAUACUCUCAACUUAUUUGUUCGCAACAAACAAAUCAGGGUGAACAAGGGGGAAUUAUCGUUGUUCAUAAUGAAUUGAGUUUGGAAUCUAACAAGGUUUCUAGAGCAUCUGAUAGCCAACAAUAUUCAUUCAACCGAUCCAUUAGUGGGCAGUCUUCCUCACUUGAUCAAAGCAAUAGGCAUUCUUUGUCAAUAUCCUCAGGUUUGCCAGACACAGUUCACAUUCAUGAUGGCGGCCUCAGUCUUAGUGAUGUCGAUCGUGGUGGUCAUACACCUAGGAAGGUUGACAAGAAUGUUUCAGUCUGGCGUCUGGCAUACCUGAACAAGCCAGAGCUUCCUGUUUUGUUGUUAGGAUGCAUCGCUGCAGCAAUAAAUGGUGUCAUAUUUCCAGUUUUCGGCUUCUUGUUCUCAAGCAUCACAAAGACAUUUUUUAAACCACCACACCAGCUUCAGAAGGAUGCAAAUUUCUGGUCUCUAAUGUAUUUGGUUCUAGGAGCCACUUCUUUUCUGGUUGCACCUAUACAAGCAUAUCUUUUUGGAGUCGCUGGAGCCCAACUUAUCAAAAGAAUCCGGGCAAUGACAUUUGAGAGGGUUCUUCACCAGGAAAUCGGCUGGUUCGAUGAAGCUAAAAACUCAAGUGGAGCCAUUUGUGCAAGGUUGUCAGCAGAUGCUGCAACUAUGAGAGGUCUUGUUGGUGAUGCACUCUCUUUGGUAGUGCAAAAUAUUAUAACCCUUAUUGCAGGUAUCACGAUUGCUUUUGUAGCCAAUUGGCAGCUCUCACUCAUAAUUUUAGUAUAUGUUCCCUUGAUUGGUCUGGAAGGCUUUGCACAGAUAAAAUUUCUGGAAAGGUUUAAUGCUGAUGCCAAGGCAAUGUAUGAGGAAGCAAGUCAAGUAGCAAAUGAUGUCAUCAGUAGCAUUCGAACAGUUGCUUCCUUUUGUGCUGAACAACAGGUGAUGGAUCUUUACGAAGAGAAAUGUGGGGCAUCGAGGAAAAAUGGAGUUCGGCAAGCUCUCAUUAGUGGUCUUGGAUGUGCUUUUUCAUUGUUUGUUCUCUCAUCUGUCUAUGCUCUAAGUUUUUAUGUUGGUGCUCGUCUUGUAGAGAGUGGAAACGCAACAUUUGGCAAAGUACUUAGAGUUUUCUUUGCUUUAACAUUGACGGCAACUGGAGUUUCACAAACAAGUGGUUUAGCACCAGACUUUAGCAAAGCAAAGGUUUCUGCAGCCUCAAUCUUUUCAAUCCUUGACCGUAGAUCACAAAUUGAUCCGAGCGAUGAAGGACGCAUUAGGCUUCCUUAUGUGAAGGGUGAUAUAGAAUUUCAGCAUGUCAGUUUUAAAUAUCCAACGAGGCCAAACAUGCAGAUUUUCACAGACCUCUCUCUCAUUAUUGCUUCAGGAAAGACUGUUGCAUUGGUAGGAGAGAGCGGCAGUGGGAAAUCAACAGUUCUUUCUUUGUUGGAGCGGUUUUACGAUGCAGACUGAGGAAACAUAUUGCUUGAUGGUAUAGAAAUUCAAAAGCUUCAGUUGACAUGGCUGAGGCAGCAAAUUGGGUUGGUCAGUCAGGAGCCAGUGCUGUUCAAUGGCACCAUCCGUGCUAACAUUGCAUAUGGGAAGAUAGGAGCAGUCACAGAAAUGGAGAUCACUGCAGCAGCACAAGCAGCUAAUGCACUUCAGUUCAUAUUGGCGCUGCCAGAGGGCUACGACACCAUCGUUGGCGAGCGAGGAGUUCAGUUAUCUGGAGGACAGAAGCAGAGGAUAGCCAUUGCAAGGGCCAUCAUCAAGGAACCAAAGAUCCUUCUGCUUGACGAGGCCACCUCUGCUCUAGAUGCAGAGUCAGAACGGGUGGUUCAAGAUGCACUAGACAAAGUAAUGGUGAACAGAUCUUCCAUCGUCGUUGCGCAUCGUCUCCCAACGAUUCAAGGUGCAGAUUUGAUUGCGGUGAUAAAAAAUGGUGUGAUUGCGGAGAAGGGGAAGCAUGACGAGCUCAUGAGUAGGAAGGACGGGUUGUAUGCAUCACUUGUGACACUGCAUAAUGGUUCGUGUUGAAUUAGUGAUGCAAGAGCCAGAGAUCCUUCAUUGUCUUCUAAGUCUUCUUUUGCUUUAAUUUCUUAAAAAAAUGAGCUGCCCAACAUG